AUGGCGACUGCAGAGCGUGUAAAACAGGAUAUGCCUCCAAAAGGUGGAUAUCGGAAGAUCAAUUUUGCUCGAGUGUUUCCUAAACCAUUUGCCAGUAGUAGAGCAAUGGUUGGUACAUAUCUAGUUUGCACUGGUGUUGGCUGGUACUUAUACCUUUUAAAUGACCGACUAGUUGAUAGAUAUCAAGUUGAAUCACGUAGUUCACUUAUUGCUAUAACACCACUCUUGGAUGCUGAAGCUGACAGAGAAUAUCUAAAACAACUAAGAAAAAAUCGUGAAACUGAAGAAAAAUUGAUGAAAAAUGUCAAAGGAUGGAAAACAGGUACUUUAUACGGUGAGCCUGUAUACAAGACAGUUGAUAAGAAAGAACUCAUUGAACCUGGUUUAAAUGAGUAUUAUGUACAUGCUCCCGAUAAAGUAUUGUAUGACCGAGUAUACUGGCACAAAUAUCUAUAA